AUGGUCGACGUGGAGAAGUACUUCCCUCGUGCAGUGGCGCACCUCAAAGCCGUUCCAGCAUCCAGAGAGGCCGCCGAGGAGAGUCGUGCUCGCCACUGGCACGACACAACGCAUGAGGUGAAUGCCGACGGCAUCGUGACACCGAGGAAGCGUGCGGAGAGGGAGCGGCGGGAGAGUGGACUCGGGUCGUUUUUCGACGAGGGUGGCCUUGACGUGCGUGGCGGCAUGGCGGACAAGCUGAAGAGCGGCGCAUACGGCAGCGCCCACGACGCUGUGGAGCGCGACUCCCCAGACAUCCUCAAGCUCACCGGUGGCAAUGCGCGCCGCCACGGUGGACUUCACCUGGCAACGGAGAGCAACGCGGCACCGGCCGACCAAACGAUUGAGGGCGACCGCGGCGAUGCUGGGGCCUAUCGCGAGUUUGGGGACACCCCUGUGCAGCUGACCGACAUGCUGCGAGAGCGGCUGAUGGAGCUCAAGGCGGGAAAGCUGCGAGAGGAGCGCAGCGAGACGUUUCUGCCGCAGCGGCUUCGCCACCGCCCCGCCGGGGAGCUUCUCAUGCUGGCUCAGCAAGGCGAAGCCGCGGGGGUGGGGGGUGGCGGCCGAGCUGCAAUUUCGCCACCAGCGCCGGCCGCCUUGCAGCGCAAAGUCACACAGCUGCGCAGCGGCCCUGCGGCCACCACCUUGGCUGAUAUGGUGCCGAAGGAAGAAGAGGAGGAAGAGACGGCAGCGCUGCUGGGCGAUGCAGCGCGGGACGGUGCACGACGUGGGGCCUUCGACAGGGCCAUUCUGCAAGACGGCGUGUCACCUGCCCGGGCUGUGAAUGCAAUGCAGGCCCUGAGGGGCACCGACGACUCCGUGCCGGGCGCCUCCCCGCACGAUCCACUGCGUCGCUUGGCUGCCAUCGCCGCCAACACCGGACGUCGCGCCUCAGUUCUCGGGGCGGGGGACGACGCGAGCGUCUCGGCCGAAGGAGUAGAGCGGGCUGGCUUUGUACACCUCCUGCGCACCUUGCCUCGAGCCGGCUUCUGCAGUCGACGCGAGGCGGCCGCCAUCAUUGCGAGUGGGCAGGUACGUGUUAACAACGUGACGGAGCGGAACCCAUUUCGUCUGGUGCAGGCACAGGAUGACGUGCACGUUGCCGGGCACCGGUCCCGCCUACGCUUUGCGCCGCCGCGGCUGUGGAUGUACCAUAAGCCAGCCCACGUAAUUGUCUCCCGCAACGAUGCGGCGGGGCGCACUCUCAUCACCAAGCAUGCGCGCAUUCUUGGCAUGGACCACCUGGUCCCGGUCGGCUCGCUGCCCAUGCGCGCUCACGGCAUCCUCCUCCUCACGAACGACGGUGAGCUUUCGCGCUUCUUGGAGAACCCCAAGUCCAUGGUGCAGAGGACCUACCUGCUGCGCGUGCGGCCGGCCUUUGACCCUGUUCUUGUGCACAAGCUCAACACAGAGGGUAUUCAGAUCAACGGGCGCCUCUAUCGCAACGCAGAGUUCUUCGUCAACCCUGCCACCAAGUCGCGCUACUCCGUCAAGGUCAAGGUGCGUGGUGAAUCGAUGCCCAUCGCGCAGUUGAUGCAGCAUCUCGGCCGCAAGGUCGAGCGUGGCGGACGCAUCUCGUUCGGGCCUUUUGCCCUCUCCAACCUCGCCGUCGGCUCCGUUCGCGAGGUGACCAUCCCACCGUUCUACUCGCAGCACCUCGGCGCCGUCUGGCAGCCGUUCGUUGAGCGCGAUUGGCCCUACUUUCGCCGCCAGCGAGUUUCGCGGCUUCGCAGACUGUGCCAGCACCGAGAGCUCACACCAAAGGAACUGGAGGAGCUCGACAACUACACCUACGAAGAGGUCAAAGACGCGCUGAACUUUGAGUCGAGCGAAUUGCAGGCACUGGUGGAGAAGCGGGCACAGCAGCUGCGACGUGCGAGCCACCUGGGUGAUGAUAUGUUUCCGCUUCCAGACGACUUCCCCAAAGAGUCGUGCCGCAGGAGUGUCGGGGAUGUGGCCGUCGAUGACGCGACCGCACCUUUUGCAGACGCGGAUGAGGAAGAGGACGAGGACGCCAUUGUGGAGGACAUCACUUCCCUGCACUGA